AUGUCGGCAAAGUACUCAGGCCUUCCAGACAUUGACUCGGCCCAGGACAUCUACGAGACGGCCGACGAGCCAGUUGUCACCGCGCAUCGCGACGAGGACGAAGAUCCGAAGAAGGCCGUCGGCCGGAGCGAAGAUAUCGACGUCGGUGACCUCCCGUCGCGCCGCAGGGCGCUCAAGGUGUUUACUGAACCUGACGUUGUUGAGCCUCCCCGCGAGACGCAGCUCAGCCGUCUGCGGCGCCUGCAAGCCGAGGUCACGCAGCUCGAGCGCGAACUCCACUCCUCCCCAGCUCCCACUCGCUCCGAUUCGACCAAGCGCAAGUCGGUCCUGCCGCCACGGCAUCCAGUAGAUGUUGUGUCCGAGCUCUCGGCGCUGCGUGAACGCCUGAACACUGCCUCUGAUGGCACACACGCGCCAGAGCAGAAAGACUUUACCAACAGGCUGGCCGAGCUCGAGGUCACGCCGGAGCGAAAGGAUAGCGAGAAGCUCGCUCCGCUUAGGCUGCAGGUCGGGGACGUCGACAAGCGCCUCGCGGUGCUCGAGCGCGCAGUGGGAGUUUCGGACACGGGUGCAGAUAGCAGCCAGGUCUCUCUGUCUGACACUCUUGCUCGUCUUGAUCACUUCAUGAACCUCCUCACCCAGCCCCGCCAUCUCGAUUCGGUCGCCCGCCGUGUCAAGCUCCUCCUCGCCGAUCUCGACCGCGCAGCGGCCUCCCGGCGGCCAGGAGCACCCGCUUCCCCUGUACCAGGGGUAGCGACGUUGUCCCCAACGGAUCUCGAGCGCCUGCAGUCGCUUUUCGCCCUCUUGCCCCGCCUCGACCCAUUGCUCCCCGUCAUUCCGCCCCUCCUCACCCGCCUCCGCAGCCUGUCGACGCUGCACGCCGAGAGCAUCGCGAUCGCCGACGACCUGCGCGAAUUUCAGUCGUCGGACCGCGCUGUGGCCGAGGAGGAACGCGAGCUGCGCGCCAUCGUUUCCGGCGUGCAGAAAGGCAUGGCUGACGCGAGCACAUCCAUCAGCAAGAACUGGGAGAGUGUGCAGGCUCGCCUGGCAGCGCUCGGCGACAAGCUCGCGAAGCUCGAUGUGUAG